GCAGACACUGGUCUCCCCCCUGGCUGGGAAGUUCGCCAUUCUAACUCCAAGAACCUCCCUUACUAUUUCAACUCCAACGAGAAGGUUUCGCGAUGGGAACCUCCCUCAGGUACCGACACCGAAAAGCUCAAGCACUACAUGGCUGCCCACCACAGCGCCACCUCGCGUUCCGGCGCAGUAGUUGGCGUCCCCGAGGGCAAGAUCCGUGCUGCGCAUCUGCUUGUUAAGCACCGAGACAGCCGACGCCCCAAGAGCUGGAGAGAGAAUGAAAUUACCCGGUCGAAGGAAGAAGCGUACGAGAUCAUCAGAGGUCAUGAGAAGAGAAUCAAGUCUGGCGAAGCUGCCUUAGGCGAGCUGGCUCUGACAGAUUCAGACUGCUCGUCCGCGCGCAAGCGGGGCGACUUGGGCUAUUUCGGGCAUGGCGACAUGCAAAAGGAGUUUGAGGAUGCCGCCUUUGGUCUCCAGGUGGGAGAAAUGAGCGGCGUAGUAGAGACGGCGAGUGGGUUGCAUUUGAUUGAGAGAUUGGAAUAA